CCGGUGUCUAACAGCGGAUUUGUACCUAGCAAUUGCUGACGCGGUACCAUACAGCACCGAGUCUCCGACUCAGUCUGCUCUAAUUUUCGAGGUCCGCCUCCUAGCUAACUGUAUUUGAUCCAUCUUCUUUUUUUUUGCGUGGAGAUAACCACUGUGCUGAAACUGCUGCCAAUAUUCCCAAAAGUGAAGGCGGCUCACUAAAUCGUUAAAACUCAUUGCAGUCUCUAAGCCAGAUUCACUGUUUACCAUUCUUAGCGCUUUUCGUGGACCAUUUCUAUCAUCGAUUCUCACGAAACGAAGUCUUUGGGAUGGCAGAUUUUUCGAGCCUCUCUACCCGUAUGGGAUCAAGACUUAAUGAAAUACUCCCAAAGCUCGCUGGCAGAACUGGAGGCUCGACUCCUGAUGCGUCUGACACCAUUGACCUUUCUGUCGCGGAGAACAAACUUCUUCAUGAGGAAAUGUUGCAGAUUUGCAAGGAAGCGAUCGAUCAGCAGAUGACCGAGGCAGGCUUCUCCUAUCCACGCGGCUUCGGGGGCGAACCGGCGCUGCUCAAGGCCCUUGCCGAGUUUUUCACAGCACACUUCCACCCUUCGGUGCCCAUCGAGCCAGGGCAUAUCAUCACCACUGCCGGAGCUGGUAGUGGUCUUGAUGCCUUGUUGUAUGCCGUUUGCGAUGAUGGAGAUAGUGUCAUUGUCCCAGGGCCUUUUUGGGAGGGCUUCGGACCGUACUUCAAAAUUCACGCCAAUGUCGACAUCCUUGUAGCCAGUACACCUCAGCUCAGUAUGACGAUGACACCCGCCGUUGUCGACGCUAUCAAGGAGACGUAUCUGCAAGCCUCAGAUCCAUCGCGUAUCAAAGCAGUCGUGAUUACCAAUCCUCACAACCCUCUUGGUCAAUGCUAUCCCCCUCAAGUUCUCCGACAGAUAAUGGACUUUUGUCACGAACACAGUUUGCACUAUAUCUCAGACGAAGUCUACGGACUUUCCGAGUUUGACGAUCUGUGUACUACGGGUGAGAAAUUUGUCUCGGCUCUUGCGCUCCUGCCAAAGCCUGACGGAACUGCCGAUAACGGCGGUGGCAACUCUGCACUCAGCGUUCAAAAUAGUUCCGAAGUGACAUUGCUUGACCGAAGUCGUGUUCAUGUGGUAUGGGGCGCGAGCAAAGACUUUGGAUCCAGUGGCAUCCGACUGGGCUGUGUUAUCUCGCAAGCCAAUCGUGGUCUUUGCCUUGCACUCGGCCUUGGCUCUUGGUUCCAAGUCUCGUCCUUGGCUUCCGUCUUCCUGACCUAUCUCCUCGCAUCAAGCUCCCAGCUCCCAAAUAUUCUAGAGCUGAACCGCCGCCGCCUGCUCGCUUCGUACAACGUGCUCACAGCUGCGCUGGCGGAUUGGGGAAUCAAGUUCAUACCUGCAAACGCAGGGCUCUUCCUUUUCGCCAAAAUAGCCCCCAUGGCAAAGACUUGGGAUGAGGAAGAGGAGGUAGUGAGCAAGCUGAGGGCGAGUGGGGUCAUUGUUUCAGCCGGGCGAAAGUAUAACGUGGCGGAGACGGAGAUAGGGUGGGUAAGAAUUACGUUCGCGGUUCCAGAGGUGGUGAUGAAGAACGCGCUAGAACGGAUGAAAGUUUCUUUGGCGUGCUAGAGAAAGAAGAGGGCUGAGCAAGUAGGGGGUGACUGGGAUUGAGGGUUUGACGAAGGUGAAGCAGUUAGCGACGACCUGUUGCUGCUUGUAGGGACCCGUACGGUCAAUUCGGGUCUUUCCUAUUCCUCGAUUUUAAUCUAAUCGCUUCUCUUGCCGAUCGUUCUAGGCUGCAACAUGAGUCGUAUAGGCGGG